AUGAUCCCUCUACUACAUAUGCUCAGUGUUGAGGAGCUCAUUACUUACGAAACGCUGUUCAGCGUCCUGCAGUUCUGGCUUCAUUUAGUCAAAAAUCUGUGGCUUGCAGAUUCCACCCCUUGGCUCUACUUCUGCCUCCUAGAACCAUGCAGAGGAAAUCCAUUUUUUUUUUUAUUCGUUCACACAGUCAUGAUCUGUUCACUGGAUGAGACACUGGGGGUACAGCAUAGAAAACAUCAGAUAAAAUUCCCUGCCCUCAUGGGGUUCAUUUUCUGGAAAGGAGUUGGACAGCAGUCAAUACAUGACAUGUACAUGACACGUAAAUACAUGACAUGUCAGGUAGUAAGAAGAGCCAUAGAAAGAAAGCAGGCAAGAGGAAUGAGGUAUGGGGCCAGCGGUAAAGAACUCACUUGCCAAUGCAGGAGACGUGGGUCUCCAGGAAGAUCCCCUGGAGGAGGGCAUGGCAGCCCACUCCAGUAUUCUUGUCUGGAGAAUCCCAUGGACAGAGGAACUGGCAGGCUACAGCCCAUAGUGUUGCAAAGAGUCGGACGCAACUCAGCACACAUGCAUUGUGGUUUUAUACAGCUUAGUCAGGGAGGGCCUCUCUGA